GCAGAGAAACAUCGUUACAAUACUUGUACAAAGAAUAGCCUAAAAUAUGCAUCGAGGAAGACUACUAUUGCGAAUCAAAGGCAUGCACAGUAAGAAAAAAUGAAAAUUCUGGAAAAAGAACAAGUCUCUCUCCCCUGAAAAGAAGAUUCAGAGCGUUCUGUAGGAGCAGUAAUUUGAAACGAGGAGCAGCCGUCCAGUCGCAGUCCACCCCUCUCCCCACAUUAACCCACCUGCACAGAUUGGUGAGGUGUUUCGUGUUUUUGUGUAUCGACCCAUACCCCCACCCCCACCCACCCAUUUGUUGCCCUCUCACUUUCAUUCCAGUCUCUUUUUUCACAAUACUGGAAAUAAUUCAUUCAUCCCCAACUGCCCACACUCCCAUUUCAGGUCCAUUGUUUUUCCAAGGUUUUCUUGAACUUUCAUGGCUUCCUUCCCUCUCUCUUCUUCCUUCUCGUCAUCCCACACUUUUCUCCCUUUGCUCGUUUAGGAAUCUUUAUGUUUUCUAGCUGUAGUGAUGCGAAAUACGAAGUAGAUUAUACUGCGUGAUUCCCACGGAUUCAGCCAUUUUCUUCAACCCAGUUAUUUUAGACCCAUCUUUUUGUUGCACCUUUUCAGCUUCAAUUUCCCGCAGUUCUAAAUCUUUUUUUGUUAAAUGUUCCUAGCCUGAUUUCUCGUUUCCUUUUUGUUCUUUUCUAGACUAGAUGCUUUUCUUCAGCUCUUUCGCUGACAAAACAUAUGCUACAACACAUUAUGCCUCUUCAUUUUUCAGAUCAUUUCCAUAUGAGUGACUCCAGAUUAGUUUGUUUGUUUAAUUUUUAUAUUUUUUCUUUUCUUUUCUGGAUUUCCAAUAUGGUAAUGUUAUUCUGCUCGUGUGAUUUUGGAAUCUUGCAAGCUUUCAGGUGUGGGUAACAGAAAAUAUUUUGAUAUCUGAUGUGGUCUGGGUUCAACUUUUGAGUCAUUUCAAAGAUUUGUUGGCUUCUUUAGCAUUUCUGGGGGAUUAGGUACUGCUUUAUAGGAGUUUUUUAUUUUUUGGAAGGCGAUGAUGACGAGAUUCCCUUUUUGGAUAAUGAUAGCCCAAAAGGGGAAUAGUGUCCAAUUUCUCUAUCCGGGACACAGCUCAUCUUCUGGGGCUUCUUCUCAACAAUCUUUUGACUGAUUGGUUUGAUUGUAGAAAGGCGAAAAGGGGAAAAUAUCAUUUUGCAUCUUUUUUUCCCUUAUACUCCGUAUAAUUUAUUGAUAUUGCACAAUAAGUUACUGUUUAUGAGUUUAUUCGUAAGCUACCUUCCAAUGAUAAUAAUCUAUUUCUAAAAAUUAAUGAAGGAAACGAAAAGAAGCAAAUUUGAAUUUCUUAACCUGAUUGUGCUGGUCUUCAAAAGGAAGAUUACUUUUUAGCUUCCUUUUCAGUCUUUCUUUUUACUGUUUUCUUAUAAAAAUACGCAAAAGUUGCUUAAUUGGUUCUGUAUUUAUGUUUGUUUCGCCAGCUGAUUGGGUUGAAGAGUUGGAAAUUGGUGACAUUCUUUAAGCAACAAUGAGUAAUCACCUGGAAGUGAAGGGAAAACCUGGUAAAGGUUCGGAUGCUGUUGCAGAGAAGGUCAUGGUUGCUGUGAAGGCAUCAAAAGAAAUACCCAAAUCUGCUCUUGUUUGGGCUUUAACACAUGUGGUUCAACCUGGCGAUUGCAUUACACUUCUUGUAGUUGUCCCUUCUAGCACUUCUGGUAGAAAAUGGGGGUUCCCAAGGUUUGCUGGAGACUGCGCCAGUGGCCAUAGAAAGUCACACUCUGGAGCUAAUUCUGAAGAAAAAUCUGACAUAACUGAUUCUUGCUCCCAGAUGAUACUUCAACUCCAUAAUGUUUAUGACCCCAACAAGGUAAAUGUGAAAAUCAAAAUUGUUUCUGGUACACAGUGUGGGGUUGUGGCCAAUGAGGCAAGGAGGAUCCAUGCUAAUUGGGUUGUUCUGGAAAAACACCUGAAGCAUGAGGAAAAGCGAUGUAUGGAAGAACUGCAUUGCAAUAUUGUAGUUAUGAAGCGAUCCCAUCCGAAAGUUCUUCGCCUUAAUUUAGUCGGAUCACCCAAAAAGGAAACCGAUGCUCCCAUUUCGAUAUCUACUACAGAGAAGAAAUCUGAAGUGUGUGAAAAACAUGAAGUGCGGAAGAACAAUUCAUUAGAUUCAACCUGUGGUCAACUUGUUACUCCAACAAGUAGUCCAGAGAUCUUCACUGCAACUGAGGUUGGUACAUCCUCUGUUUCCAGUUCUGAACCUGGAACUUCUCCGUUUUUCAAUGCUGAAGUAAGCAGAGAUAUGAAGAAAGAAGAAUCGUUAGCAAAAAAUGAUGCCCAAAAUGGCAGUGAGUCAAGCUCAGACAGUGAUAAUGAAAUUUUGUCCACUUGCUCUAGUUUAAGGUUUCCGCCAUGGAUGUCAGACAUUGUCAGCCCGCACUCUACUAGACUUGCUCAAACUCCAACAUCAAAGGCAAUGUCUGAUAAGUUCUCCAAACUCAAUGAAGAAGUUAACCAUGACAUGGACUUCAGUGGAAGUGUAAGAGAAGCAGUUUCAUUAUCCAAAAGUGUGCCACUUGGCUCUCCUCCGUUGUGUUCUAUCUGCCAACAUAAAGCGCCUGUCUUUGGGAAACCUCCCAAGUGGUUCAGCUAUUCUGAGCUGGAGAUGGCAACAUGUGGAUUUUCCCAAUCUAAUUUUUUGGCUGAGGGUGGGUUUGGAUCUGUUCAUAAAGGAGUUCUCUCAGACGGACAGGUAGUUGCUGUGAAGCAGCAUAAAUUGGCAAGCUCUCAAGGGGAUCAGGAGUUUUGCUCAGAAGUUGAAGUUCUUAGCUGUGCUCAACACCGUAAUGUUGUUAUGCUGAUUGGGUUCUGUAUAGAAGAUAGCAGAAGAUUGUUGGUCUAUGAGUAUAUCUGCAAUGGAUCAUUAGAUUCCCAUCUUUAUGGACGUAAUAGGGAUCCCUUAAAAUGGUCUGCUCGCCAAAAAACUGCAGUUGGGGCGGCAAGAGGAUUGCGGUACCUUCAUGAGGAGUGUAGAGUGGGAUGCAUUGUUCAUCGAGACAUGCGUCCUAACAACAUUCUCAUCACCCAUGACUUUGAACCUCUGGUCGGGGACUUUGGCUUAGCCAGGUGGCAACCUGACGGAGACAUGGGCGUUGAAACACGAGUAAUUGGAACAUUUGGGUACUUGGCUCCUGAGUAUACUCAAAGUGGACAGAUAACAGAAAAGGCUGAUGUCUACUCAUUUGGAGUGGUACUUGUAGAGCUUGUAACUGGCCGAAAAGCAGUGGAUCUCAACAGACCCAAGGGGCAGCAGUGCCUUGUCGAAUGGGCACGCCCGUUGUUGGAACAAUAUGCGAUUGAAGAAUUAAUAGAUCCAAGGAUACAUAACUGUUAUGACAAACAAGAAGUCCAUUGUAUGUUGCAUGCUGCAUCCUUGUGCAUACGGAGGGACCCCCAUUUGAGGCCAAGAAUGUCUCAGGUGCUUCGGAUUCUUGAAGGGGACCUUAUAAUGGAAACAGCUCACAUGUCAACCCUGGGGCAUGAUGUGGGCAGCCGGAGCAGCAGAUUUUUGUCUGGCACAUCGCCAAAAUAUCAAAGAUGUAGUGGGAGGUCAUUGGAGAAUGAGGUGAUGGUAGGGUUCAAUACUAAAACUCGCAUACGAAAGGAGGCUUCCUAGCUGAUGAGGGGAGGAUAUGAAUCGAGCAGGAAUUUUUGUUUAUGUACAGAAUUGAUGGUGGCGGUGGUAUUGUUUGUAUAAUUCCACAGCAAAUAGGGCCUUUCCAUGCCAACGAUAAGGCGGAAAUACAUAUUGUUGGUUAUCAAGGAAACUGGGAACUGAAUUACCACCCUUAGUUGUAGUGUUUAACACAUCCAUGAAUGUUCAGCUAUUGUUGAUUUUGAUGAAACAUGCCAAGAGUUGAUGAAGGAAAUGUACAAGUAAUGGUAUGGUAUUUUUAAAGGCUUCCAUCCUAUUUUUUAACAGCCCAUUGUCAACGGGCAAUAGACCAGUGUUACCCUUUCCCUCGAAAGGUUCGUAUAGGACUGAAUCUUACAAAGAAUGCCCAAUUUCCUUGUUUGUUCUUGGUUAGAGUCUAGCCUUUGGGUAUGCCUCGUAUUUAAUGUGUGUUUCAG